AUGGCCAUCUCAGCGCCGACACCAGAGCAUAGGACCAGUUCGGACAGCACUCUUGAUGUGGAAAGAGAUGGGAUAAAUGUAGGCUCAAACGACCCUGCAGCAACAGCCGAAGCAACCGCAGAUGGAGCCGCGACCGCGCCGGCCGGCAGCAGCACCUUACCCGGAGCACCUGGGGCUGGCGAUCCCGAGGCCGGACGGACCAGGUCGGAGAACAUCUUGAUCAUGAGCGCUCUGUGUCUUGCGCUGUUCCUUGCCGCUCUAGACACGACCAUCAUUACCACCGCGGUUCCCACUAUUGCCAAUGAGUUUAACUCGAGUCAAGGUUAUGUCUGGAUAGGGACUGCCUAUCUGCUGGGCAACGCCGCGUUUGUGCCAACAUGGGGCAAGAUUUCAGAUAUUUUUGGCCGCAAGCCAGUUAUUCUCGCUGCAGCCGUCAUCUUCUGGAUUGGUUCUCUGCUAUGUGCCGUGAGUAAUGGCAUGGGUAUGCUCAUUGCCUCGCGUGCCAUCCAAGGCAUUGGUGGAGGUGGUCUAAUCGUGCUGCCCAAUAUUGCUAUCAGCGAUCUGUUCUCCAUGCGAAACCGCGGCAUGUACUUUGGUAUUCUCGGCAUGGUGUGGGCGUUGGCAUCUGCUGUUGGGCCUAUUCUCGGUGGUGUCUUUACUAGCCAGGUCACCUGGCGAUGGUGUUUCUAUAUCAACCUUCCCAUCAGCGCCAUUGCCUUUGUCAUCCUCGUCUUCUUCCUAAAGCUGCACAAUCCUCGCACGCCAAUGAAGGAGGGCCUCAUGGCUCUGGACUGGCCAGGCAGUAUUCUCAUUAUUGGUGGCACCGUCAUGUGGUUGUUGGGACUCGAAUUUGGUGGUGUUUCGUUCCCUUGGAACUCUGCCACGACCAUUUGUCUCAUCGUCUUUGGCAUCUUCGUCGUUGGACUUUUCAUUUUAUAUGAGUGGAAGGUUGCCAAGAUCCCUGUUCUUCCUAUCCGACUCUUCAGCUCACGGAAUAGCAUCGCCUCCUACGGUGUUGGCUUCACUCAUGCAUUCGUUUUCAUGUCUGGUAGUUACUGGCUUCCGCUCUACUACCAGGGUGUUCUCGGUGCGUCGUCGCUGCUUUCUGGUGUCUACCUACUUCCGUACGUGCUGUCCCUCUCAUUCGUCUCGGCUGGAGCUGGUGUAUACAUCAAGAAGACAGGCCAGUAUAAGCUCGUCAUUGUGCUGGGCCUCAUUGUAACCGUUAUCGGGUUUGGCCUGUUCAUCGAUCUCGAACCGCGCGCCAACUGGGUCAAGAUUAUCAUCUUUCAAAUCGUCGCUGGAAUUGGCGUAGGCCCCAACUUCCAGGCCCCCCUGAUCGCACUGCAAACCAACGUCGAGCCGCGAGAUAUCGGUUCCGCAACUUCAUGCUUCUCUUUCAUUCGCCAGCUGGGCACUUCCAUCUCUGUCGUGGUAGGCGGCGUCAUUUUCAACAAUGAGAUGGAGAAGCAGUAUCCAAAACUCAAGGAAGAACUUGGCUCUGAUCUCGCCAGUAGACUCUCUGGAGCCAACGCAGCAGGCAGUGUGGAGCUUGUAGGGUCGUUGACAGGAGAGGACGGCAGGGUGGCCAAGUCGGCGUUUUGGAACAGUCUGCGAACCAUGUACAUUGUGUACACGUGCUUUGCUGGUCUAUCCCUCGCCAUCAGCCUGAUGAUCAAGCAGGUCAAUCUUAGCAAGGAGCACCAGGAGCAUAAAACCGGUCUCAAAUCGCUAAAGCGACGCGGCGACGAAAAGAAUGAAGCUGAAGAGGGAGAGGGUAUGACUGCAGGUAACGAAAAGACUACAGACAAUUAA